AUGGCUGUUUUGCAGAAAAAAAUUGAGCUCCAGAAACAGAUGGCUAGAUUCGAGCGCGAAGUAAUCACAGCCAAAAAAUCAAAGUGCGAACAAAACUUGUUCUGUUUCAUCAGCCCGGAUCUUCUUGGCUCCAUAGGAAAUCUGGGUGAAAUGACGAUGAAGGUUUUUGAGAAGCGUAAUAUCGGUGGGCAGCUUCAUCUCGGUGGUCAAGGGCCGGGCGUGUGCUGGAAAAGGAGGAUUCUGGAGGGCGAAGUCGAGAAUGGCGAAUUUAUUCGUGGUGAGAGAAUGAUCUAUGAGCAGUGCUGUAUUUUGCCGAUGAAUGCAGGGGAUUAUUCAGCGUUCAAAAGAGCCGAAGAACUUUCCGGAUUUGUGGAGCAGUGCCUGCAGAAAUAUCCGUUUGUGGCGCCCCGAGCUACGCUUGUUGUCUAUGGCAUUUUACAGAUGCCCAAGGGAAAGAUGGCAGACUUUGUGUUGGAGAUAUUUGAGCGAUACCGAGCACAGACACGCUUCAUAGUUACCGUGGAAGAAUAUGCAGCACUGAUUGCGCGAAUGCAUCGCUCAAUUGCUCGUAAUGAAAGGCGUCUGGAAGAGCAGAACCAGCUGAUUGUGAACAUCGAAAAAGGCAUCAGUGAGGGUGAUAAUUCAUGCAUCGUAUCCGAUUGGUGGAUGAAAAUGCUCAGUCAGAUGCACCGUAUGGGAAGCGAUGCACAGCGUACCAUCGCCACCAUUUUUCCUGAUCCGCAUUCCCUACUGAAACUGUAA